UAGAAAGCCCAUGCUGCUUGCGUUAGUUGCUCUGUCUUUGCUCCCCCUCUCGAAGCCGAGCUCGCAAUUCCGACCUCUCCUGGUCGAUCUCAACCCUCUUCACCGCGCUACGCUCCGUUCCCGCUAUGACUAAGCGCACUAAGAAGGCCGGGAUUGUCGGAAAGUACGGCACACGAUAUGGUGCCAGUUUGAGGAAGCAGAUUAAGAAGAUGGAGGUCAGCCAACACUCCAAAUACUUCUGCGAGUUCUGUGGAAAGUUUGCUGUGAAGAGGAAAGCAGUUGGAAUCUGGAACUGCAAAGAUUGUGGCAAGGUCAAGGCUGGUGGCGCUUACACUUUGAACACGGCAGCGGCAGUGACUGUACGCAGUACUAUCAGGCGUCUGAGGGAGGCCACAGAGAGCUAGGUUACUCAUGUUUUCUCUAGUCAUCUUAAACUAACCUUUCUAGAGUAAAGAAGUCUCUUUUUUCGCCACAUUUUGUCAAGGAUUAAUCUGUGUUUGAUUUUGCA